AUGAGGUUCAGUACCGUCAUCACCGCUUUACCAUUCAUCUCUAUUGUCAUUGCAUCUCCAUUAUCACUAGUGAAGAGACAAGAUGGUGACGCACCCGCGUGUGCUCAGGAUUGUUUCGAUUCGGUAGAUCAAUUUGAUACCUGCUCUCAAGGUGAUAUACAAUGUUAUUGUACCGAUGAGAUCAUCACUGCAUCCAUUAGAUCGUGUUUAAGUGCAAGCUGUACUACCGCCAACGCGACCGAAGCAGUUUCAUACGGAGAAGCCUACUGUGCCGCUCACGGAGCUACCUUAGGCGGUGGAUCAUCCUCGUCUUCCUCUUCAGCUUCAGCUUCUUCUGCAGCAGCUACAUCAACAUCGUUCGUUUCUUCCUCUACCACUUCAACCAUUUCAACUAAUAUUCAAUCAUCUAGUGUUUCUUCCGCUUCUGCAUCAUCAAACUCUAGCUCUGCUACCGCAUCUCACUCUUCGACAUCUUCAAGAUCGAUAUCAACAUCAACAUCAACUGCUACUUCUACAAACCCUGAAACCACUACUACCAGCAAGAGUUCUUCAACCACCACAGCAGGUCAGAGUACAGCCGUCGUGACUGUUACUUCAUCGUCUUCCGGUACUCCUCCUACGACCGUAUCAGCUGCUGCUGCUCAGACUACCUCGGCUACUUCCGCGCCUGGAUUGGUAUCUACCUCUACGUCGACUGUUAGAGCAUCAUCGUCGUCUUCUGCCAAUGCGUCUAGUGCGGGAGCUUCCUCAGGUGCUGAGCGAGGUGUGGUGGUGAUGACGGGAUCGAUGGGGAUGGUAUUGAUCGGUUUGGCCAGCAUGCUGAUUUUGUAA